UUUCUCUCUCCAUCAACUUGAUCACAAUGGCAAUUUUCCUCCACAUAUAUUAUCUAUCUAUCUUCACCUUCGCCGGGGCAAGCCCCGCGAAGGUGAAGCUCACCCUCCAGCUUCGGGGAGGGUGCUGGCGAACCUCCUCACGGAAGGUGGCCGUCUUCACCUUCCAGGAGGCGUCUGGCCACGUCUCUUCCCAUGCCCUGCUGGACCUGGAGUACCUCUUCAGGUGCAGCAGCAAGCCAGGUGCCGGCGCUAUGCAGAUCAAAAUCUGCGUGGUGCUGCGCUGCGGCGGGAAACGCGUGGCCCGCGCUGACCUGGAAGAGUUUCUCGGCCAGCUGACGCGGGGUGGCCGCCUCGACUCUUUCUUCCUGUACAUACACGAAGAAAAAGUCGCCCUCCUGCAGGCCAAUCAGCCAAUUACGGACCCAGGUACGGAAUGGCUUUUUGAGGGAGAGUCACGACGCACACACACAAUGGUGAAGGCUGCGACUCAUGAAGAAAAUGAUGAUACUAACGAACUGGAAGACUGUACUGACGAACACUACGAAGAAUGGAAGGCUUACCUCGAGAAGGUAUUCUCCGUUGAGGAUGAUGGUGAUGCAGACGAGGUGACCUCCGAGUUGCGGGAAGCCUCCGAUGCUGGAAAGGGAGCAGACGAGGUGACCUCCGAGUUGCGGGAAGCCUCCGAUGCUGGAAAGGGAGCAGACGAGGUGAUCUCCGAGUUGCGGGAAGCCUCCGAUGCUGGAAAGGGAGCAGACGAGGUGAUCUCCGAGUUGCGGGAAGCCUCCGAUGCUGGAAAGGGAGCAGAAGAGGUGACCUCCGAGUUGCGGGAAGCCUCCGAUGCUGGAAAGGGAGCAGACGAGGUGACCUCCGAGUUGCGGGAAGCCUCCGAUGCUGGAAAGGGAGCAGACGAGGUGACCUCCGAGUUGCGGGAAGCCUCCGAUGCUGGAAAGGGAGCAGACGAGGUGAUCUCCGAGUUGCGGGAAGCCUCCGAUGCUGGAAAGGGAGCAGACGAGGUGAUCUCCGAGUUGCGGGAAGCCUCCGAUGCUGGAAAGGGAGCAGACGAGGUGAUCUCCGAGUUGCGGGAAGCCUCCGAUGCUGGAAAGGGAGCAGACGAGGUGACCUCCGAGUUGCGGGAAGCCUCCGAUGCUGGAAAGGGAGCAGACGAGGUGAUCUCCGAGUUGCGGGAAGCCUCCGAUGCUGGAAAGGGAGCAGACGAGGUGAUCUCCGAGUUGCGGGAAGCCUCCGAUGCUGGAAAGGGAGCAGACGAGGUGAUCUCCGAGUUGCGGGAAGCCUCCGAUGCUGGAAAGGGAGCAGACGAGGUGACCUCCGAGUUGCGGGAAGCCUCCGAUGCUGGAAAGGGAGCAGACGAGGUGACCUCCGAGUUGCGGGAAGCCUCCGAUGCUGGAAAGGGAGCAGACGAGGUGAUCUCCGAGUUGCGGGAAGCCUCCGAUGCUGGAAAGGGAGCAGACGAGGUGAUCUCCGAGUUGCGGGAAGCCUCCGAUGCAGGGAAGGAAGCAGCACGCGAGGCGACGUCCCCAGACCAGGAAGUUCCUCAUCCAGGCGAGUCCUCUGCACCAGAGACAGUCUCUGCCACCCCCGCCACUGCCUCUCACGCUUACCGCAGCCUGGCUGUGCCUCAUAGAUUCAUCAGCCGCCUUGCAGGCCCCGAGGACCGCCACCUCGAUGAUCUGCGGCGGGGCUAUGGGGUACAAAUCACGCGGAUUAAGCGAACCCUUCAUGUGAAGGGCCACAAAGACUCAGUUCUGAAGUGCCAUAACUUCAUUCGUGCCAAAAUAGCUGAGUGGCGGAGGUGCGAGGCCGCUGAGGCUCAUUAAGCGCCCAACAGACACCUGGGACGGUCCGGUAACAAUGCUUAUGACCUGACGCCUGACGGAGAAAAUUAAGCUACAGACGAGGCGACCUCCGAGUUGCGGGAAGCCUCUGGUGUAUAUAUC